AUGGCUGAAACACAACCAAUGGAGCAAUCCAAGGCUUCUAGCGAAGCACAACAAGAAAAACAGGGCACCCAGGGGGUCAAAUUAUAUCCUGCAAAGUUCCAUCAACUAGUCCCAGAAGCCAAGUAUUUCAGCUUCUUGGUUCAGGCGCUUCCUAUUGUAUCAAUGGAUAGGCUCCGGAGAAUUUCCUCAGGCGGCAAGUAUGCCAACAGGUGUGUUAUUCAUCCAGCGGCCAUGGUUCUCUUCUCUCGAGGCCUGAACCUGAUCCUGGCACGGAUUAUUCUGAAUAGUAUCUUUGUCUAUGAUUCUUCUAGCACUCUCCGCUCCAUAAACCGCGACAUUUGCAUUGGAGCAGAUGAGGUCUUCGAAAUGGAUCCGUACCUGAACAAGUCCACCAUUGCCCGCGACUACCCCCUUAUGAAGAAUCUUCUCUACUCAUUGAAGGCCUCUGCCAUGAAGGAAGAGAGAGGCGGGGAGCGGGUUUCUAGGAGCUACGACGAAAGCAAUGAAGUAGAAAAGUUCAAGUCUAAGCUUCUUCUCCACUAUGUCUCCAAGUCUGAGCUGGGGAGUGGUUGCCGGUCCCUUGUCCUUUCACGAUAUGCCAAGAGCCUUACAACGGUUCACAUCCGCGAAGGUCUGCGCUUACAUGUCAGAUUUGCAGAUGUUCUACGUCUGCCGCGAGUAUAUGCGCUAUCCCAGAUGCCUCCGCGCCUCACAACAGAGCAGCUGGAUGUCCACCAGCUCUCCAUCAUUCCUUGCAUAAACUGGGUGCAGAUUUUGGUUUACAAUCUGCCAUAUAAAUAUGAGGUGAUGACACACAUUAGAAACGGAUACCUUAUGAGGCUCGUCACAGAGGGGUGGAUCAAGCUACAAGAUACCGCGUCCACAUCUCAAGGCAGCAACCCAAGAGGUGUAUUAGAUUUCUAUAACGCAGAUUCUAGCACAGAGUCGCGCAUAGGAGAGCUCGAAUGCAUCAUCCCAACGGACAGCAUAGAAUACAGCAUAUAUUUCUUGGUAGAUUACUGGAUCAGAAUGUCAUUCUUCUUUCACGUCACAGACUUUGAAAUCUGCAAUAAAGAUAGGCCACAACAGGAGCAAGAAUACACCCCGCAGAACUUUCCAAUGCACGUUCGCCCGCAGCUAAUAGACGGAAUAAGCAUCAGAAAACUGGAGGAAGCAUUGUUGAUGCGUUACAAUCUACCGAUUCCACGAGAGUAUGACAAUAUCCCAUACAUCGGCGAGGUCUAG